GAUCAUCCCAAGCACCUCACUCAUCGUCAAGUUGUUCGUUCAAAAGGUCACCAUACCUUGCCGAAUAUCAUCGGUCCCUUCUUUCCACGGGAUGAUCCUGGACGUCGAGAAUUUUACUGCGCCUCAAUUCUCACUUUGCUUUUACCGUGGCGCUGUAUCAAAGAGAUCAGGACAGAUUUUGAAACAUGGGAAGAAGCAUUU